UCGAGCAGCAAAAAUUUAUUUAUAACUACACCGUUCUCCUUUAGCAUUACAAUCGAGGAUAUAGUGUAUGUAGUGGACAGUGGACAGAUAAAGAUCACUACCUACGACCCGAGCACCAAUACGUCUACCCUUGCGCGCGUCCUCGUGAGUAAAGCCAAUGCAGCCCAAAGACGAGGUCGGGCUGGUCGAGUGCGCCCUGGACAAUGCUUCCAUCUGUUCUCUAGCUUUGCUCACGACCGGGUCAUGCUCGAUUUCUUACCACCUGAAAUCACGCGCAUCCGCCUCGAAGACAUUAUUCUUCGGAUCAAGGUGAACCCUUACCAUGUUCUAGAACUGGGUCCAGUGGCGAGUUUCCUCUCCAGCUGCAUGGACCCGCCUGACCUAGAGACGAUUAGGCGCACACUGCAAUUCCUUCGUGAUAUCCAGGCUCUCAAACCUCGGGUUCCAGCGUGCACUGAUUCUGUUCCGACAGCACAAUUAUCGCGCAUGUCAAAGCGGAAGCGAGAUCGUUUAUUUGAGGGUGUCAUAAAGACAGCAACAGUAGGAUCACCAGUGGCCGAAGAAAACGAUGUGCUCACACCACUGGGCCAUCACAUGGCUAAUCUGCCGAUGGACCCACAGUGUGCUAAGCUACUCAUCCUCGGCACAUUCUUCUGUUGUCUCAAGCCUGCUCUCGCCGUCUCUGCCUGUCUCGCUUUCAAGGAGCCCUUUGAGGUACCCCUUGGAUCCGAGGCUCUUGCCGACGCGUGCCGUGCUGAACUGACUGAAGGUUCGCAGAGUGACCACUGGGCCUUCUAUGUUGCUCUCUCGGUUAGUCCUACCUUGGUCACUAAACUUCUUACCACCUUUAUCAGUUCUGUUUGGAGGUAG